GUCGGCACGAAUGAAGGGCGUCAGGGAAAAAGGAAGGGGAGCAUGGCCUUCUGAGGUGACACCGACACCAGGACAAGCUCAAAGCUGUACGAUCCCCAGCCCCAUAGUUAUUUCUUUCCCUUUGUCCUUCUCCGCCUCUUCCUCCACCACCAGCAGCGGCAGCAGCAGCCAGCGAUGGGCAGAAGCAGCACCAGGCUGCCGAGCUUCUGUCUCAACCGCAUGUCCCCUGGUGUCAGGGUCAGAUCUCCGCCGCUCGAACCGAAGCCGCCGCCGUCUCCCGAGUCCGGUCAACUCCACCACCACGGGAACGCGAAGCAGCCCGGAGACGGAGCUGAGGAAGAAGCCCUUCUCGGCCGAAGGAUCAUGAUAGUGGUGGACUCCAGCCCGGAGUCGAAGACCGCUUUGCGGUGGGCGCUCUCGCACUCGGUGCAGAGCAACGACAGCAUCCUCCUCGUCGACGUUGUCAGGCCACCCAAGCAUGGUGAGCAAUCUGGGAAGGAGAGGGAUCCAAAGAUCUACGAGCUUCUGCAUUCCAUGAGAAGCGUUUGCCAUGCGAGAAAACCCGAGGUCCAAGUGGAGCUGUCUCUGGUGGAGGCGACGGAGCGAGGUCCGGCGAUCGUGGAAGAGGCCAGGAAGCAGGACGCGUCGCUCCUCAUCAUGGGGCAGAAGAAGCGGUCCCUGACAUGGAGACUGGUCAUGAUGUGGGCUGGCCGCAAGGUGGGAGGCAGCGUGGCGGACUACUGCGUCCAGAACGCGACGUGCAUGGCGAUGGCGGUGAGAAGGAAGAGCAGGAGAGGCGGCGGCGGAUACUUGAUCACCACCAAGCGUCACAAAGAUUUCUGGCUCUUAGCCUAAGCCCGCUGUAUCAUUCAUUGCUCUGCUUCCUGUGGUGUAUGUAUGUAAAGAAUGGAAGACGAAGUGUAGAAUCCAUGGCCUUGUUGUUCCUCGUUGCCGCUGCUGCUGCUGCUGCUGCUUCACCUGCAAACCGUGGCUUGCUCUGUUUCAUAUGUCUGGUUCGGUGAUGAAGAGAACGCCGUCUUCUCAGAAUUCCUUGCUUGCCAAAACAUAGAAGAAGAAGAUUAACAUGCUAAAAUGUCGGGUAUAAGAAAUGAUGAACAUAAACAUACUAAAACAUAGAAGAAGAUGAAUGGUUACAUGGAAAGACUUAUUAUAUGAUUGAUUAAACUCGAAAUAAUAUUAGAAUCAUUCAUCCCAAUAUGAUCUACUCAUGCGAUGUAUUAAGACA